AUGUCUGGUUCUCAGAAAUUGCUUGGAAAACAUGUCUUGGUUGUAGGCGGCACAAGUGGAAUCGGUCGAGGUGUUGCCCUGGCCGCAAUCCGUGACGGUGCUCAUGUCACCGUUAUUGGCUCGUCACAGGCCACAGCUGACAAGGCCGUCAACUACAUCAAGUCAGAGCUUCCAGAGGCCAAAGUAUCUGGAUACGGAUGUGAUCUAGACAUGGAAAGCCUUGAAGACGAUCUUGAGGCACUUUUCGACGAGAUCGGUACAGUAGACCACAUUGUCAUGACGGCCACCAACUCCCACCCGCGCCCGAUAUCGAUUCAGACUGUAACAGUUCAAGACCUCGGACUGGCAAACAGGAAAUUGCAGGCCAUGGUGAUUUUGGCAAAAGUUGCUUCGCGACGGAUACCUCCAGGUCGGCAUUCCAGUCUUACAUUCACUUCGGGGAGCAUUGCGGAUCAACCUCAGCCUGGAUGCAGUGUCCUUGCAUACAUAGCCCAAGGAAUGGUAGGCCUCGUUCGUGGCCUGGCCCUGGACAUGAAGCCUGUGCGAGUCAAUCUUGUCAAGCCUGGUUAUGUCCUAGACACCGGGUUAUGGUCGCAGAUUCCAGACGAGCAAAAGUCGAAUGUACGUGACGAAUUGGUCCGCAAGAACCCAACUGGUAGUGAGGGCUUGGUUGAGGAUGUUUCUGAAGCAUAUGUAUAUUUGAUGAAGGAUGGAAACUGCACUGGAGAAGUUGUCAGCACGAGGAGUGGGCAACACUUAGUCUAG